ACAGAUUAAAUGCGAGGCUCUCGUAAUCCAGCGAGCUCCCAUCUCGCUUCUCGCCCUUUUGGACACAGAAAAAGUUCGUUUCUUUAGUUUUUUUUCGAAAUUAUUUCUGUGUAAAAUCUGGCGCUGAUCACUUGCAAUCGUCUUUUCAUCGAUUGAUCUCUCCAUCAGGUUCCUCUGGGGGUAAAUAUCUUUGUGUGAUCAUUUAAUGUUGUGAAUUUCUUGAAGAUCAUAGGAGAGGAAUGCCUAGCCAUUAUAGAGCGAGAGAAGAAGAUGAGUAUGAACGGGAAGAUUACGAUGGGUAUGAAGACUAUGCUUCUGAGGAGCAGGAGGAGGAGGAAGAUGAAGAAAAGGAGGAACCACCGAGCCAAGAACAACAGGAAUUUCUAAAAUUGAGGGAGGAGCUCAAAGAAAGGUUCAGGAAGAAGCUGAAGAAUGAAACUGCUGGUUUGGGACAUCGAAGUCAGUCGAAAGACAAGAGGAGGACAACACCAAAUGAUAAUUUUGGUUCUUUCUUUGGCCCUUCUCAGCCAGUUAUUGCUUCAAGAGUUCUUGAAGAGCGCCGCUCAAUACGAGACACCCAGCAUAUUAUGUCUAGGAUUCCAAAUGCUUCAUCUGGUAAUGCAAAGAGUCAUGCCUACACAUCUUCGGAGAAAAAGACAGUUGUACAUAAGCAGCAACCUAGAGUUGUCAAUGAGGUUAAAAAGAAAGUACAGACACUUAAAGACACACGUGAUUAUUCUUUCUUGCUGUCAGAUGAUGCUGACUUCCCUGAUACUAAGGAAGAGCGACCGCCUGCUCGAAAAGUUCCACAUUCAAAUGCUGAUGGUCGUUUGGCUCAAGCACCAACAAGGAGUAAGCAACAAAUUGCCAAGCCUGCAAGGCCAAUGCCCAAUGGACAUGGACUGAAGAAUCCUUCUGCUAGAAAUAUUCAAUCGCAGACCAGAGCGGGGCCAGUUAAAGGAGCUGCAUUGGUCAAACCCAGACCAUUAACAGCUGAGCGUAGAAAAAUUAAUAGCACAGGAAAUGAUUCCAGCCGACCUGCAGUCAACAAAGCUUUGCCAUCCAAGGUUCCUGCACAGAGUACAAGUAGACCUCCUGCAAAAGUUAUGAAUGAUCCUUAUUUGAGAAAUAAGCCAUCAUCAGCAGUGCCUCAUUCUUCUGUUCAGAAGAAUCGUUACUCUGACCAGAGACAACCAAGUCAGAGCUUGAGUAAUGGAAAGUCAAUGCCUAACAAACCAUUACCUUCUGCGAAAUCUCAGCCUCCUAAGCAAUUCCUGCCAAGGGACAGCAAUGAAGACCGACUAAAAAAGAAGCCGAUGAAAAGGAGGUUAGAUGAAUCCGAUGAUGAAGAUCCUAUCGGAAUGAUCAGAAAGAUGUUUAGGUAUAAUCCUAACAGAUAUGCGACAGUUGAUGAUGAUGUCAGUGACAUGGAAGCUGACUUUAGGGAGAUCCAGAAGGAAGAGAGGAGAAGUGCGAAGAUAGCUAGGAAGGAGGACGAGGAGCAGCUUCGGCUCAUUGAGGAAGAAGAGAGGAGAGAGAGGAUGAGGAAGAAGCAAAAGCUAAAGCGUUAAGGUCGCCAGGAGUGAGCCAAACUUUUCUUCUCUUGGCGGCUGUUCUACUCACUGCUUUGCUUUUGUUAUAGUGUUGUAGAAGCAAUGGAGGUUGUAGAUGGUGGAAUAAAAACAUUGGUUUUCAUUGCUUUUGGGGUUCAUUAACGUAUCUUCGUUGAAGGGGGGCUUAUGCAAAUAAUUUGUGGGGUAGUAGAGCCAGUGUUCACUAUUUACUGUUUCCAUUAGCUGAAGUUAGUUUCCUGGACCUGUUAAACAUUGACCUGAACCUGAACUAUGGGAUCAACUCCUCGUUUCAUUGUUACCGCUGGAUUUUCUAAAGGUAAAAGAGGUUCGAUAGAUAAAAAUUGUGUAGUUUUCGUUAGUUUUAGUUUCUCGGUGGACAGAAAUGUUGGUGCAAUCAGUAAUGGCAUUUGUGGGGGGUUUUUUUUUCCCCAUUUAUGUUUUA